CGAAAAAGCAACGAACAAAACGUGAGAGAGAGAGAGAGAGAGAGAGAGAGCAAUGAACACUUGUCGAAUAGUUCUCCAACGCAGGUUCCUUCCCGUGAGCAACUCCAAGAAGGAAAAAUUUGACAGAUUCAUACCGAACAGAGCAGCCAUGGAUUUCGACUAUGCUCACUUGGCUCUUAUGGAAGAAAGAGAAGAAGAAGAAGAGGUCAGUUCAUCCAGAAAAGCUUAUAGAAAGCAAUUGGCUGAGACUAUGGGUCUUAACCGAACUCGAAUCCUCGCAUUCACCAACAAACCACCUUCUUCUACUUCUCUUCACCAUCAGCAUCAGCAUCAGCAUGAGCCUCCUCGACGCAUUCCUCAGCGUCCCGAGAGAACUUUGGAUGCUCCUGGCCUUGUGGAUGACUUCUAUCUCAACGUUCUCGACUGGAGCAGUGCUAAUGUCCUAGCCGUUGCCUUGGCCAACUCUGUUUGUCUCUGGGAUGCUUCCACUGGCUCCGUGACUACGCUUGUCACGUAUGGUGAAGACCAAGGACCUGUCACAAGUCUAAACUGGGCGCAUGAUGGUAUCAACCUUGGAGUUGGGCUCAACAAUGGUCAAGUUCACAUUUGGGACUGUGUAACCAAGACUCUACUGAGAACAUUGCAAGGCUUCCACCACACACGAGUUGGGUCCUUGGCCUGGAACACUCAUAUAUUGACAACCGGAGGAAUGGACGGACGUAUCUUCAACAACGAUGUGCGGUUCAUGUCAUACCCUGUGUCUACUUACAAGGGUCACACUCAAGAGGUCUGUGGGCUCAAGUGGUCAGCAUCUGGUCAGCAACUAGCUAGCGGCGGAAACGACCGUCUAGUACAUAUAUGGGAUCGUUCUACUAGUACGCAGUGGCUGCACAGGCUCAGGGGGCAUACAUCUGCAGUUAAGGCUCUCGCUUGGUGUCCUUUCCAAAGCGAUUUGCUUGCAUCUGGCGGUGGUGCAGAAGAUAGGAAGAUCAAGUUCUGGAACACUCGCACAGGGGCUUGCUUGAAUUCGCUUGACACUGCUUCCCAAGUCUCUUCUCUCUUGUGGAGCAACAAUCAAAGAGAGCUGCUUUGCUCACAUGGGUCUCAGCUCACACUGUGGAAGUACCCGUCGAUGGUGAAAAUGGCUGAGCUCUCUGGUCAUACGUCAAGAGUUCUAUCUAUGACCCAGAGUCCAGAUGGUUGUACUGUAGUUUCAGCUGCAGGAGACGAGAAUCUGUGCUUUUGGAAUGUUUUUGGACUACCUCACACCACCGCCAAAAAAACUGUUCCAAAAGCAGCUCAUGAGCCGUUUUCUCAUGUCGCUCGUAUUCGUUGAAAACUCAACUACCAGAGGUUGACAAUGAAAAGAUAGAGUGCGAGGCUUCUGCAUAUCAGAAGAAACUUUUAAUGAAGAGGGUUGAGGAUUCGCUUGGAAACAUGAAGGUGCUGUUUUGUGCUCUGCGUAUUGUGUAUUCAGUUGUUUCUUAGUUAGUUUUCUUUUUACAGUCGCGUGCAGUGCACAACUCAGUGAUGGAGCUUCGGAAUAUAUAUCACAAUCAUCCAUAUCUCAGCCAACUUCAUACAGACGAGGUAAUAGAAAUUUACAUAAAUGCAAACAACUUCUGGUUAGGGAACUAAGGAAAGUUUUGAUGAAGGGUCUGCGUAAAUCACUCUC